AGGUCUGCUCUUCCACGUCACUGAGUUUACCAAGUCCAGCCUGAGAGCCGGUUACUGGUUUACAGUUCUUAAUAUUCGGUUCUUCAGUUUUCAGGCCUCAGCCAAAGUUUAAUGUAUUUUUCAUUAAUGGAGUAAUUUCAAGUGUAAACAUUUCAGUCGCUGGAAUGUUUUAAUAGCAUCUGCUUGCCCGUAUGUGGUAAUUAAUUAAUUUAUUUUCAGUCAUUAUCGCUGGCUGGCUAGCUAGCUAAAUCAGUUGAAAUUGAGUAGGCCGCCAUCUUGGAUGCGCACCCGUACAGGUACCAUCAUGGUGGACAAAAAUAUAUACAUUGUUCAAGGGGAGAUAAGUGCUGUCGUGGGUGCGAUUAAGCGGAAUUCCAGAUGGAGUACCCACACUCCUUUGGAUGAAGAACAAGAUCCACUGCUCAACAGCUUCAGCCACCUGAAGGAGAUACUCAACAAUAUUAAAGAGCUGUCGGAGAUUGAGCCCAACGUGUUCCUGCGGCCCUUCCUGGAGGUGGUGCGGUCCGAGGACACCACCGGCCCCAUCACCGGCCUCGCCCUCACCUCCGUCAACAAGUUCCUGUCUUACGGCCUUAUAGACGCCAACCAUGAGGGGGCGGCAGAGGGGAUCGAGAACAUGGCCGACGCCGUGACGCACGCCCGCUUCGUGGGGACCGACCCGGCGAGCGACGAAGUGGUGCUGAUGAAAAUUCUGCAGGUUUUGCGGACCCUGCUGCUCACGCCCGUGGGAGCGCACCUGACCAACGAGUCGGUGUGCGAGAUCAUGCAGUCGUGCUUCCGCAUCUGCUUCGAAAUGCGGCUCAGCGAGCUGCUGAGGAAGUCUGCGGAGCACACGCUGGUGGACAUGGUGCAGCUGCUGUUCUCCAGGUUGCCGCAGUUCAAAGAGGAGGCCAAAAGCUUUGUGGGAGCCAACAUGAAGAAGAUCCCAUCUUGUGUCCUGGACAAACAGGAUCUAAUUUGUGCAGAGCAGCCUAAAAACACCAAUCAGAGGAGCUUAGAGAGGGCUUACAAUAUCUUGUGGAAAAACAAACGUGUGCAGCUGAAGAUGCGCGCGGGCGGAAUGAGCGAGGCGUCCAAGUGGAAGAAGCAGAAGCGCUCGCCCCGCCCCCCGCGUCACGCGGCCCGCGGUGCCUCGGGCGUGGCCGAGCCCGGCGGCCCCGCCCCGCUCAGCAACAACCUCUCAGGCGGGGUCCCCUUCGUGGAGCAGCAGUCCACAGGCCUCUCGGUGUCCGACAGCGUGACCUCCAUCUCCAGCCCCACCACCGACAGCGGCCUGGAGGCCUCCUCAAAGGCCACCUCCAAGGAGGACCUGACCGACCUGGACCAGAGCAGCUCCACGGCAACCACGCCGGCGACCACGCCUUCCUCUGAGCUGGGCAGGCUGGACAUACAGCAAACGGAAGGGAGGCCGGUGGAGCACGCUCAGUCGGCCUCUGUGGAGUCCAUCCCCGAGGUUCUGGAGGACAGGGACUCCGUGGCGGAGCAGUCCGACUCGGCCUCGGUCCACGACAUGGACUACGUCAACCCCAGAGGUGUGCGCUUCACACAGUCCAGCCAGAGAGAUGGAGCAGCGCUGAUCCCGUACGGCCUGCCCUGUCUCCGGGAGCUCUUCCGCUUCCUCAUCUCCCUCACCAACCCCAACGACCGGCACAACUCGGACGUGAUGAUGCACAUGGGCCUGCAGCUGCUCACCGUGGCCCUGGAGGCGGCCCACAUCGCCCCCUACCAGUCGCUGCUGGGACUGAUCAAGGACGAGCUCUGCAGACACCUCUUCCAGUUGCUAGGUGUGGAUCGUAUCAAUCUGUAUGCUGCUUCUAUUCGAGUGUGCUUUCUGCUCUUCGAAAGCAUGCGGGUGCAUCUGAAGUUUCAGCUGGAGAUGUAUCUGAAGAAACUGAUGGACAUUAUUACCUCUGAAAAUUCCAAAAUGGCGUACGAGAUGAAGGAAAUGGCCCUGGAGGCUGUGGUUCAGCUGUGGAGGGUCCCCAGCCUGGUCACAGAGCUCUACAUAAACUACGACUGUGACUACUACUGCUCCAACCUGUUCGAAGACCUCACCAAGCUGCUCUCCAAGAAUGCCUUCCCUGUGUCUGGCCAGUUGUAUACCACUCACCUUCUUUCACUGGAAGCCCUGCUGACUGUGAUUGACAGCACCGAGGCCCACUGUCAGGCCAAAGUGCUCAACAGCUCAGCUCAGCAGGACCAAUCAGACACACUCAUGGUGGAGGGGGAGGGCACAGUCAGCGACAGCCCAGACAUCCCCAGCGAAGCUGAUAGCCUGGCCAACACCACCAGUGCGCAGAAUGGCCCAGAGUCAGAGAGCGUGCCAGCGUGCCCACCCACCAGCGGGCACCUGAUGGCACAGAAGAUGCGUCUGGGGAGACAGGACCAGGAGGAGGCUGACCCUGCCGAGAAGAAAGCACCACCAAAGCCUCAGCGCUUUUCUUGCUGUUUACCGGACUCUCAGGAACUUCUGGAGAUAAAAAACAAAAAGAAGUUGCUGAUCACGGGCACGGAGCAGUUCAACCAGAAGCCCAAGAAGGGCAUCCAGUUCCUGCAGGAGAAGGGCCUCCUGAGCAGCCCCAUGGACAACGGCGAGGUGGCCCAGUGGCUGCGCGAGAACCCCUGGCUGGACAAGAAGAUGAUCGGCGAGUUCGUGAGCGACCGCAAGCACAUGGAGCUCCUGGACAGCUUCGUCAAUACGUUCGGGUUCCAGGGCCUGAGGAUCGACGAGGCCCUGCGUCUGUACUUGGAGGCGUUCCGCCUGCCCGGCGAAGCCCCGGUCAUCCAGAGACUCCUGGAAACCUUCACUGACAACUGGCAUAAAGUCAAUGGGUCCCCCUUCAUGACGAAUGACGCCGGCUUUGCGCUGGCCUACGCCAUCAUCAUGCUGAACACCGACCAGCACAACCACAACGUGCGCAAGCAGAACAUCCCCAUGACCGUGGAGCAAUUCAAGAAGAAUCUGAAAGGUGUGAACGGCUCGAAGGACUUUGACCAGGACAUGCUGGAGGAUAUCUACAACGCAAUCAAGAACGAGGAGAUCGUGAUGCCGGAGGAGCAGACGGGCCUGGUGAAGGAGAACUACAUGUGGAGCGUGCUGCUGCACCGCGGGGCCACGCCCGAGGGCGUCUUCCUCCGCGUCCCGGCCGGCAGCUACGACCACGACCUGUUCUCCAUGACCUGGGGCCCCACCAUCGCCGCCCUGUCCUACGUCUUCGACAAGAGCCUGGACGACGCCAUCAUCCAGAAGGCCAUCGCCGGCUUCAGGAAGUGCGCAAUGAUAUCGGCUCACUACGGCUUCAGUGACGUGUUUGACAACUUGAUCAUUUCCCUCUGCAAGUUUACGACGCUGAGCAGCGAGUCGGUGGAGAACCUGCCCACCGUGUUCGGCGGCAACGGCAAGGCCCAGGUGGCCGCCAAGGCCGUGUUCGGCCUGGCCCAUCGUCACGGCGACAUCCUGCGCGAGGGCUGGAAGAACAUCAUGGACUCCAUGCUGCAGCUGUUCCGCGCCGAGCUCCUGCCCAAGGCCAUGGUGGAGGUUGAAGACUUUGUGGAGCCCAGCGGAAAGAUUUCCCUCCAGAGAGAAGAGACGCCCUCGAACCGGGGCGAGUCGGCGGUCCUGAGCUUCGUGAACUGGCUGACGCUGAGCGGAGCCGAGCAGUCGGGCCUGCGGGGGCCCUCCACCGAAAACCAGGAGGCCAAGCAGGCGGCCAUACUGUGCAUCAAGCAAUGUGACCCAGAGAAGUUGAUCACGGAGAGCAAAUUCCUGCAGCUGGAGUCUCUCCAGGAGCUGAUGAAGGCUCUCAUAUCGGUCACCCCAGACGAGGAGACGUAUGACGAGGAGGACGCUGCCUUCUGCCUGGAGAUGCUGCUGCGCAUUGUUUUGGAAAACAGGGACCGCGUGUCGUGCGUGUGGCAGACUGUGCGGGACCACCUGUGCCACCUGUGCGUGCACGCCACGGAGAGCUGCUUCCUGGUGGAGCGGGCGGUGGUGGGGCUCCUGCGGCUGGCCAUUCGGCUGCUCCGCCGCGAGGACAUCAGCUCCCAGGUCCUGCACUCUCUAAGGCUCCUGCUGAUGAUGAAGCCUCACGUGCUGUCGCGGGUGAGCCGGGAGGUGGCGUACGGCCUGCACGAGCUGCUCAAGACCAACGCCGCCAACAUCCACUGCGGCGACCACUGGUUCACGCUCUUCUCCCUGCUGGAGUGCAUCGGGGCGGGGGUCAAGCCUCCCGCCUCCCUGCAGGUUACCGCCAGCCCGGACAACGACACGGGUGCCCAGUCGGACAGCGAGCUGUCGUCCUACCACCCCAGCGAGGUCAGCCUCGACCGAGGCUACACCUCCGACUCGGAGGUCUACACGGAGCACGGCAAGUCCAGGAUCCCGCGCUCCGUCACAGACAUGGACGUGGCCAGCAGCGGAUGGCUGGUGGUGGGCAAGGACGACCUGGAGACGGGCAGGCUGCUGGCCCCCGGGUCCAAGCCCCUGGCCUCGCCGCUCAUCAACCAGUACAGCCUGACGCUGGGCCAGGACAUGGGCCUGCACGACACCAAGUCCCUCAUCAAGUGCGUGGAGUCCCUGUCCUUCAUCGUCCGGGACGCCGCCCACGUCACGCCCGAGAACUUCGAGCUGUGCGUCAAGACCAUCCGCGUCUUCGUGGAGGCCAGCCUGAACGGGGGCUACAGGACCCACGAGAAGAAGAAGAGCCACAAGAGCGACUCCAAGUCCAGCCGGCUGCGCAAGAAGCCGCGGGAGAAGGAGGGGGCGGCGCGGCGCGCCAAGGCCUCCAGCCAGCGCCCCUCCCGCUCGCACAGCGACGACGAGGAGGACGAGGGCGUGCCCGCCAGCUACCACACGGUGUCAUUACAGGUUAGUCAAGACCUGCUGGACCUGAUGCACACCCUGCACACGCGAGCUGCCAGCAUCUACAGCUCCUGGGCUGAGGAACAGCGACACCUAGAGGCGGCAGGCAGAAAGAUCGAGGCCGACUCUCAGACGCUGUGGACCAGCUGCUGGUGCCCGCUGCUGCAAGGAAUCGCCUGGCUGUGCUGCGACGCACGGCGCCAGGUUCGCAUGCAGGCCCUCACCUACCUCCAGAGGGCGCUGCUGGUGCACGACCUGCAGACGCUGGACGCUGUGGAGUGGGAGUCCUGCUUCAACAAGGUGCUCUUUCCUCUGCUGACCAAGCUGCUGGACAACAUCAGCCCUGCGGACGUGGGGGGCAUGGAGGAGACCAGGAUGAGAGCCUGCACCCUCCUGUCAAAGGUGUUCCUGCAGCACCUCUCUCCUCUGUUAUCCCUGCCUACGUUUGCGGCCUUGUGGCUCACGAUUCUGGACUUCAUGGAUAAGUACAUGCACGCCGGAUCCAGUGACCUGCUGCUUGAGGCCAUCCCGGAGUCCCUGAAGAACAUGCUGCUGGUGAUGGACACGGCGGGCAUCUUCCACAGCGCCGACUCGCGCACGGGCUACUCCGACCUGUGGGAGAUCACGUGGGAGCGCAUCGACUGCUUCCUGCCUCGCCUGCGGGAGGAGCUCUUCAAGCAGGCCGUCAUGCCAGAGCCUGUUUCAAGUGUGCCAGCGGACAGCCCCCAGCCGCCAGUCCCCUGCCACCCCGCCCCGGUGCCAGCAGCCCCCGCCGAGCCAAAGGCCCCCAGCAGACCAGAGUCACCCCAGGAGCCACCACGUCCACCCAGUGCCAACGGAACAGACAGGUCAUCUCCAGUCCCGCCCUCCACGCCGCCCAUCCCCAGGCCGGCCAAGAUGAGCGGCGGCGACGCCCCUCCGCCCCUGAGCCAGUCUCCCCUCAUCCUGCAGCCCCUGGCCUCCCCGCUGCAAGUGGGAGUCCCGCCCAUGUCCCUGCCCAUCAUCCUAAACCCCGCCCUCAUAGAGGCUACCUCCCCCGUGCCCCUCCUGCCUGCCCCCCGGCCCACCGACCCCACAGACGGUUCCGAAGUCAAAUAGAGCGGGGGACGUGCGCCCGCCAGCGUGCCGACUUAAUCAUCCUCCGCCGAACAGGAAGUGACAUCUCAGCACUUCCUGUCAGAGCAACUAUAGACUACACUUGCAUGGCCAUUUUUUCGAAUUUGUCGUCUCUCAGCCCCAAGCUUUGAUGCUCACCCUACAUUAUGUUCCCCUGGGCUGUGGUGCUGCGAUCUGUGCUGAGCUUUCUGUUUCCAUUUAAAUCACCCAGCCUCCCCGCAGAUAUGACACUGCAACAUGAAGCUGCCCUUGAAUGUCUGCACAUUUUGUCACAUGCAAAUAAUGUAUUAAAUAUCAUGCCAGUUGGGGAAAAAAAAGGCCAGCCUCACACCAAUUAAAUCAUGCCUGAUUUACUCCUUACGAUAGACGGAGGGGAAAAUACUGUGUCAAAGAUAUAACCAUCAUAUACCACUUUAUUAGUAUGCUUGAGCUUUGCAUUUCUUCUGCGAUUUCUUGAAGGGAGUUCCCAUGGAAUAAUUUUUUUGGUCACGGUACUGCAUGUCGUUUAACAUACACUUAUGUACAGAAUCCAGGCAGCAGGUGUACAGGGAGGAAUCAGGGCACUGAGGCUGUGGAAGGAAGAUGGCUCAUCUACAUAUCAAAGUGUGUUACAUCUCUUAAGAGGAUUACAGAUUUAAUUGUAUAUAAAUACAAUCCAUACCUAGUUUAUAUAUUUUGAAGAAAAAAAAAAGACAUUGGUUUAAUUGGGAUUUUUUAAAGUUGCAUGAGUCGUGUAAGUCCCAAAGUUCAGCUUAGAAGCGACAGCUGAACAAAUGUGUGUUGAUUCAGGUUGCAGUUGCAAUUCAGUGUUGCUUACUCUUUAGGGGGAAAAUCCUUUCGCAGUCGAUUACGUCUGUGCUAGAAACAAAGCAGUUUAUUGGGAAUGAGAAAUAAAAUAACAAGCGGUGGAAGAACACUUAACCCCAAGAGUGGCAGAGAUUAGCUCAGCUUGGAAGAGCAAAAACAAGAUGCCAUUAUUAUUAGUACUAGCCUACAUCUAGAACAUUCCAAAUAUUUGCGAGUCACGCCAGUCUGUCGUGGCUGAUGAAUGGCGGUUUUGUGUGUACAGAUCUUGAUGUUUCUGAUUUUAGCGAUCAGGCUAGAUUUUAUCCAGAGGUCUUAAGAUUAUUUAAAGAGUAUAGUAUCAGAUAUAUUUUGUUAUGUACCUGGGGUGUGUUUGUCCGGUAAGUGUAAUUGAGUGCACAGGCGUGGCUGUUUGCAUUGCUCCAAACAACCUAUGCGGGAGUUCGGAGAAAGAGAAGUCCAUAGCUGGUAACUGCAGACUUUUAACAUUAGUUCUACAUGUCUGCUCUCGUCAGUAUCUAUGUGGAAUGAGUUUGCCCACUUGACUCACUCCUGUUGAUUAACUGAAUAAUCUAGAGCUUUCAAUACACAAGGCCUAACUUUAGAGGCUGCUGUAGGGACACCUGGGAGUAGUACGAGUUGGAAUUGGAAUUGUUGGUGUGCAAAUAAAGCAGUUUGACUUUAAAUGAUUAUGUGAAAGGUGAAAUGGGAAUUUUGUUUGUUUUUGUUAAACGUACAUGGUGAGCAAACAACCUUGACUGACUCGAUCUGAAGUUUUUGGGGAGUUUUUUUUUUUUUUUAGGUCAGGCUUUAAUCAGUUUAUGCUAACAGUAGCACAUUCCCCUCCCCUGAACGUGACUGUACAAGGUCUGCAGCUUGAGCCAGCCCACUAUGGAUACUCCACAAAUGAAGGUUUUAUUCUGGCAGUAAUUACAGAGAAAAAACAAUGAAUGGCUUUUUGUCUUUGUGUUCUUUUUUCAAACACUGGAAAUGUCGUAAUUAAUAGAAAGUCUUUUUUUGAAGGCUUACUAUCACACCAUCACACCCUGACCUUUUUCAUCGGAAUUCGAUUUGAUCUGCAUUUUGAAUCAUGCUGUUAUCUUCCCCAUUUACAACUAGGAUCUCACUCACUUUUAUUUAUGUGUGUAUUUGCAAAACAGUUUUGUCAAAGCACAGGUUUGAACAGACAUCCAGGACUGGAAACUGCCUUACAUUACACAACACAAAUUGGAAAGACGUUUGUGUGACGUCAUGACGCUAAGAAGUGGCCCCCUUCGGUCUGUGGGAGGGAUAAUCAUUUUGUAAAACCGUGUUCCUUUGUUGUACUGCAUUGUUAGAAAUGUCAGGAAUUAAUUCUGGAGUAACAGAAAAUUACAUGAAAAUAAUGUAUAUAUAAAUAAAUGGCAAUGUACUUUUUACAGUGUAAUAAAUAUAACGUCAAGAACG